AAGCAUUAGGGAGGGGAGGGGCAUGGCAGAAGUGGGUGGAGAAGUCAUGCCUAUAAAGCAGGAGUAGGUUGAGGUUACUUGGAGCAAAAUGGCUUCAGUAGAGAAAAGGCAAAGGAGAAGGAAAAAGUGCUGGGGUGGACAACCCAGAGCAGACUCCUGUGACCUGAUGGAUUCUGAUAAAAGUUCAGACUAUGUAGAGAGACUAGCACACAAAUACAUGCGAAAAUGCACCGUGGAGUCCAGUACAGAGUCAGAAUCUGAAUCCAAUAAUGAGGGCCUGCCUAGCACACUUACUGAAGGAGUCUUCAAGAAAGCAAGGGACGCUCUACUUCAGUUUUUAGAUCCAUAUGAUGGUGAUUCAGAAGAUGCAUCAACCCAUUCGGAUUGUAGUUUGAAUUCUCUUAAUGAUAUAAACUAUAACAGAGUUACACCUUUGGUGCACAAUUUGCCAGAGAUGGUGGAAGACAUUUACUCUUCUGAAAACACAGAGUCCCUACAUAGGUCUUCAAAUUGGGUCUCCCCAAUAACAGAAAUCUGUGAUGUCUAUAUGCAGCCAGUAAAUGACCUUAAAAUUCAGAUGGAAGUUAUCACUAAAGAGAAAAGUGAUGUUCCAGUAAGACUUUCUAGGCCAUGUGAACGUUCCAGAAACUCUGGAGUACUUGGUUCUGCAAUGUGGCUGACAUCUGACUGUUCCUUACUCAUGAGUGUUGAUCCUUCAAAAUAUGCUGGAGUCCUAGAAAGCCCAGUAACCACUACUCUGCAACAACCCAUGUUAGCAAAGUCUGAUGGUGAAAUACAAUGUGUGACCAAUCAAUCAAGAGAAAACUAGGACUUCCAUUUGUAGAGGGUGUUGGUGAAAAGCUAAGAAGAAAGAAAUUGCGUUCAACCUAAUCUAAGGUACAUAUAGACUAAUUAUGAUCUGGAAUUCCCUCUGUUUAAAUGUAUACUAUAGUAAAUGAGAGAUAAGACUUCAAAAUGUCAACUAGGUCUAGCAGUACCCUACAGAACAUUAAUGCUUGUGUAGGGGAAUUGGAGCUAAUAUAGAGCUGUACCAGUCAUUGUGAUCAAACGUGAUCCCAUCAGCAUACAGUACUCUGCCUUCAGUCCUGUUCUUCCCCAGCAACCCAACUCCUGCGCCUGUGGCCAAGUACUUAUGCAUUGUUUAAGCAAUAAGCUACAAUAGAUGAUAUGCCUUAGCAUUGUAUAUUAACCUGUGCUAUUGCUGCAGGGGUCAGGCCUUCUCAUGACAUGGUGGUUGGAGAAAUGCAUAGCUUCACAAAUAACUAAACUGAAGUAGUGUGGUGGUGAUUCUGAAUAAGAAUAAGUAGCACUCAUCAUAUUGUUUCACCUUCACAGUGACCACACAUCUUCAGCGAGACCUAUGUUUGCUUCCUGCAGCUGCUUUGUUUCCACAGUGAAUGAUCACCUGCAGGUUCAGCCUUGGAUAACUACCAAAAUAACUAAAAUCACACAAAUCAGAAGUUUGGGGGAGCAGAUAAUUCUCAUCAACUUUCGUUUUUCAGGGUCAAACUGACUUUCCCUUUUAUUUGGGGUUGACAAUGAACUCUAAUAGAACCUGUUUCUCUAAACUUCUCUCCAGUACUGUGCAUGCCAAUGUGGGUUUAUAAUGUAAAUACCAACAGUUCUUCUACAAUGAGGGGGUUUUAUUUUUCCUUUAGGAGAAUGAUUGAUUGAUUUUUCUCUUUCUCAAACCUGCUGCUAAACAGAAUGAUCAGGGCCAGGAUAAUAAAUAACCAUUUUAAUUCA